AAAAGCCUGAGGAGUGUGGAUCUGUCGAGCUAUGGCGGCUACUGCCUCUUCGAACCUUUUCUCUGCGUCAUCCCUGAAGAAUAAACCAUUUCCUUUUUCUUCUUCUUCUUCUUCUUCUUCCUUGUCGGCGUCUCUCUCAUGGCGUCCUCCUCUCUCCAACAUCUUCAGAAUCAACGUAGCCGCCCCUCGCCGCGUGGGACAGCGGAAGGCUUCCUUCGUUGUGCUGGCGAUGGAAGCGAAGCCGACGGUGCUCGUCGCGGAGAAGCUCGGUGAGGCUGGACUCAAACUCUUGAAGGGAUUUGCCAACGUUGAUUGCUCCUAUAACAUGACUUCGGAGGAUCUCUGCACUAAGAUCUCUCUCUGCGACGCCUUGAUCGUUAGGAGUGCUACCAAAGUCAAUCGUGAAGUGUUCGAGUCGUCGGGCGGUCGACUUAAAGUGGUUGGUCGCGCUGGUGUUGGCAUUGAUAACGUUGAUCUGUCGGCCGCCACCGAGCACGGUUGCCUCGUCGUCAAUGCACCAACUGCUAAUACUGUUGCUGCCGCUGAGCACGCCAUUGCCCUCCUCACUGCUAUGGCUCGCAACAUCGCCAGGGCGGAUGCCUCUGUCAAGGCUGGCAAGUGGGAACGAAACAAACUUGUUGGCGUUUCAGUUGUUGGAAAAACGCUCGCCGUGAUGGGAUUUGGCAAGGUGGGAUCAGAGGUUGCACGGCGUGGCAAGGGGCUGGGUAUGAAUGUGAUUGCACAUGAUCCAUAUGCCCCUGCAGACCGCGCUCGUGCAAUUGGUGUUGAGCUGGUGUCUUUUGACGAAGCUCUAUCAAAUGCAGAUUUCAUCUCGUUGCACAUGCCUCUUACUCCUUCUACAUCAAAGAUGUUCAAUGACGAAGCUUUUGCAAAGAUGAAGAAGGGGGUUCUAAUUGUCAAUGUUGCUCGUGGUGGAGUGAUUGAUGAGGAGGCUCUUGUGAGGGCAUUGGACUCUAGGGUUGUUGCUCAGGCAGCUCUUGAUGUAUUUACGGAAGAGCCACCUCCAAAAGACAGCAAGUUGGUACAGCAUGAAAGGGUAACUGUGACUCCACAUCUUGGUGCCAGCACAAUGGAAGCUCAGGAGGGAGUGGCCAUUGAAAUAGCUGAAGCGGUUGUUGGGGCCUUGAAAGGGGAGCUUGCUGCUACUGCUGUAAAUGCACCUAUGGUCCCCGCUGAGGUUUUGUCAGAGCUUGCACCAUUUAUUGUACUGGCAGAGAAGCUUAGCAGACUGGCUGUACAGUUGGUAGCAGGUGGAAGUGGAGUGAAGACAGUGAAGGUUACUUAUGCAUCUGCCAGAGCACCUGAUGAUCUUGAUACUAGGGUGCUCCGUGCUAUGAUCACCAAGGGUCUGAUUGAGCCCAUAUCCGAUGUGUUUGUCAAUCUGGUUAAUGCUGAUUUCACUGCUAAACAGAGAGGAUUGCGGAUUACAGAAGAGCGAAUCCUGCUGGAUGGUUCACCUGAGAACCCACUUGAGUUCAUCCAGGUUCAAAUUGCCAAUGUGGAGUCAAAAUUUGCUAGUGCUAUCUCCGAGGCUGGGGAGAUUAAAGUGGAGGGAAAGGUGAAGGAUCGGAUACCCCAUUUGACUAAGGUGGGUUCUUUCGAUGUGGAUGUGAGCUUAGAAGGCAGCCUCAUACUGUGCAGGCAGGUUGAUCAACCAGGUAUGAUUGGAAAGGUGGGAAGCGUCUUGGGUGAAGAAAAUGUGAAUGUAAGCUUCAUGAGUGUUGGGAGGAUUGCCCCACGAAAGCAAGCAGUAAUGACCAUCGGUGUAGAUGAAGAACCCAGCAAAGAGACCUUGAAGAAGAUUGGGGAGAUACCAGCUAUUGAAGAGUUUGUUUUCCUCAAGUUGUAAUCUUUAGUGGCUCUCAAUUUUGAAAUGUCACAAGAAAU